AAUCGGUUGAAGGGCGAGGACGGUGCGACGAGCAAGUGGGAGCAGCUCAACUGUGUCGAACAUAGGUCGGCUUUCAUUUCAUCGACGGUCCUGUAUCUGAUUUUUCAUUUGCUUUCAAAGAUGGUCCGACCACAUUUUGGACCACCACGUCUGAAGCCCAGACCUUAUGGAGAUGGUCAUGGCAAUGGUCCGAACGAAGGGAGCUACAACCCCAACUCCAAAAGUCGAAGAGAUGCCCAGGGCUACCCAGGAAAAGCGCCUUUUAACCCGAGAGACUCCAGAGGUAGAGGACGCCCCCCAAUUGUCAGAAGAGCCCCCCUGAUGGGAGAGCAAAGGGAGCCACGUUUCAAUAACUGGAGGUCCCCACAUCAGGAUUCGUUUCAAUCGUACCCCCCCAAAAUGGAACCACACCAUAGCCAGAGGAGGCCCUCUCCCUCGAGGCCAAACAGGUCCCCCCAUGUCCAGCAUCAGUCAUCCUCUCGCAGUCCUGCACAAGGAUCCCCUGGUCAAAGGGGUCCACCUUUCCACGGCCACCCCUCAGGUCACAGGUCACCCUCCCCAAGACAUUUUCGCAACCACCCAACUGAUAGGAGGCCUGGCUCUACACCGGCCUCCCGGGGCUCCUUUAGGGGUCAUAAAAGGCAGCCAGGUUUUCUGCAUCAGGAGCAGCGGAAUCGAGACCCACGUGGGAAUUACAGUCCCAGAGAAAGGCCCCAUGAGCACUCUGGUCAUGGCAUGAAGCGUUGGAACGAGGGUGGAGCGUUCUCUCAUCCGCACAAUGGAGAACAUGGGCCCUCACAGAGGAGCCCAAGAGAGAUGCAUGGGAGAGGCUCAAUGCCAGAGAGGUGGUCAUCUGAGCAAGACUCCAGGCGGCAGCGAGGCCCUAUGGAGAGGCAGGGCAGCAGAUCCCACAGUAGAGAGAGGGCACAGGAUGUCCCUCACCUGCCCCCUUUCAGAUCCCCCUCAUGGAAAGGAGGACCAUCACCGUCAUCCUCCUACCACAGGAGCCCUCAGGAGAGGCAAGUGGCAGGACCCCGCAAGAGGAGGAUCUCAGACAUCAGCAUGCCCUCUUCAGACCCUGCACUGCAGCAUGGCAAUCCUAAAUACCCCAGGAGAGAGAGACCCCAGUUGCUCAAUAUUCCCAGACCUUUUGGUGGUAGGCCAUUUGGUGGUAGGCCAUUUGGUGGUAAACCUAUGUCUCUAAGAGAUAAAAGCUUCAUGUUUAAGGGCAGACAAGUCCAAGCAGAGUCUCUCAUGAGACUCAGAAUACCUCCAUCUGUAAAACCCAGGCCUCGCCUGGGCGACCCUGCCCCGCAGGGAAAUGUCAGCUCUGUUCUUGCUAUCAGGAAGAAACGUUUCCAGUCAAAUGCAGCUCCCCUGAGAAACCUGGAACCAAGGAGGCCAAAACCACAACACUCGCCUUCAAAAGAAGAAAGCAGUACCAGCAAGUCUUCAAGAGACUCUGACACAGAACAGGUGGAGUCUCGCCGGUCCCUGAGCACACACAGAUCAUCUCCCAUAGAGAAACGUGACCUUGUUGUUUUGUCCCACUGGGACUCCUCCUCGAAGGACGGCUCACCUCGGAAAUCUCGCAGCCCAAAACCAAAAAAUGAUCACUCUUCAGAUUCAGAUAGCUCACCAAACAGACUCUCAAAGACGAAUGACUUCAGGUCAUCGCCUGACGAGCGAAGACGCAACUAUUUGGAUAAAAGGAUGUUUAGGCCAUUUAAUAUGAUGCAGGACAACCAGAGACCUGUGAGGCCCUUCAGGAGACCAGGACCACGAACAGGACCUGGACCCGGAAACAUGCAGAGGCCCAAGUUCCCUGGUGGUCCAAGGAAACCAUUCCCUGAUCUGUCUGGAAAUAUCAGAAGACCGCUCAUGGAGAGUUUAGUGCCACGUCCCUUCCCAAACCAGAGGCCAGUGUUCAGAAAAAGUCUAAGUAUCAUGUCUAAAUACCGCAGCAUGAGAGUGAUGCGUCAGCGUCCGCCGUACAACAGAGGGGCCAACCAACAGCGCUGGUGACAACCUCCGGUAGGUUAUCAUGGUGGCGUUGCACUGAGUCAGUCUGUAGACAUGAUACUGGAAACUGGACAAAUCUCAUCAAGAUCUCCUCUGCUGGGUGGACUGCACAACCCCCUCUCUCAUUAAAAUCCCACCCUGCCUGUAUAUUGUGGAAAUGUUUUUGCUUAUGUUUGUUCUCUGAUACAAGUGUUUCAGUUGCAUCUUUGAAGUACUGUAGUACUUUUGUUUUAGAGUCUUUGUAACAUACCAUGACAUUAACCUGUUCUCCUUUUACAUAAUUAUUAGACAUUUGCUGCUUGUGAUCUUGGCGAUCUUCAUUUUACAGAAAAAAGUUUUAGCAUUUUGUUUGUUGACCAGCAGCAUAUCGGUUUUGCUCAGUCCAUGAACUGUAAUCUCACCUUAUUGUUUGUAAAGACUUCUCAAGAGAUUUUGGAUUAGUCAUGGGUAUUUUUGUUUAGGCACUGCUGCUUGUCGAAAGACACUUGGAUACAACUUGUAAAGCUUGUAUAAUCAUAUGUUCAGUUUGUUGUUUGAGACUUGAAAUAAAAUCUGAUUUAACAAGCUCCA